GGCAACAUUCAUUCAUUCACGAGCACACGAUCUGAGCGCUUAGAACAGAGCGGCAGAGCAAGCGAGCACAAGCAACAAAGCAAGCAAGAACCCCAAAGCAACCUCCAGCAGCAAAAGAGACAACACGCGAGUCAAGAACAACGACGACGUCGACAACAACACCAACAAUAACGAAGCCGAAGUCGAAGAAGCCGAGAGCAACAGCGAAGACGACAACGACGACGACGACGACACGAAGUAGCCAGAGACUUGAGCAAAAAGCUUAACACUUGGCUGCUGGAGCUUCAUUCUCGAGUUGCGGUUCAACGGCGCAACAACACGCAUUAUCAAAGCGAACAAAGCAGAAAUACAACAGCAGUUUAACGAGCAAUUCGCGCCCAAGCAGUGCAACAAGCAGUCCAAGUGCGUGGGCGGCUUUUUAAAAAGAAAAAGGAAAACAAACAAAAAAUCAAAUUCGAUUUGCGAAACAUUCGAUAACACAGUUAUUUUUGUUAACUUCAAUUAACGCGAUAAACUAGAUUAUGCCUUCAGCCGCAUUCGUUUUCGAGCAUUUGAUUGCAGCACAAACGCGACUGGACGACGCAGCAGCCAAAACAGCCGCCAAAUUGUCAACGAAAUCGACAACACCAACAAUUCCAACACUAACAACGACAACUUUAGUUAAAGAAAAGAAAUUGCUGUCGGUUUUUAAGAAAAUUGUGCAAUAAAAACAAUCGUAAAACAAAGUAAAAAAAAAGAAAAAAACAUAAAAACCAAAACAAAUGCAAAAUAAACGUUAUUGUUAUUCUUAUUAAGAGAGCACAAAUAGUUGCUAUAUACUACACACAUUUGUAUAUAGAUUUACAGCCCACAAGCAUUAACACAUUAACAGCAACAACAACAACAACUUGUUGUGUGGCUAAGCAAGUCGUUACAUAAACCAGAACAACAGCAACAAAAACGUUAAUAUUAAAAAAAAACAAAAACGAAAACAAACAACUUUUAUCGCGUAUUUUCCGCUGUGGAAGUUUUUACAAUCGUAUUCAAUUUAUUUUUUUUUUUUUUUGUGUGUGCUGAGAAAGUUAAUGCGGAAAAAUUGCUAGAAAGUGAAAACCGCAUAGAAGAAAGGAAAACAAGAAACCGCAACAUAAAAGUGCAACAAGUCGCAAGCAGUGCAAAACAAAACAAAACUAAAACAUACAAAAAAGCAAGCAGUCAAAAUGCUGUUCAACAAGUGCCUUGAGAAAUUGUCCAGUUCGCUGGGCAACGUUGUCAACAACAAACUGCAGGAGAAGCAGGUGUACAACAACAAGAACAACAGCAACAACAACAGCAGCAGUAAUAUUAACAACAACAACAACAAUAACAGUAUUAAUGAGUACAACAAACAGCGCAAUUUCGAAUACGAGCGUGCGAUACAAGCGCAUUACGGCAACGGCGGAGGAAGUGGAGGUGGAGGUGGAGGAGGAGGAGGAGGAGGACGCACGUCGAGGAGCAACAGUCACAGUUACAGUCGCAGUAACAGCUACACCUCGAGUCACAGUCAAAGUCACACAAAAUCAAAGCCCAGCAAAGGUCACAAGACAAAGGCAGCAAGAACAGCAGCAGCAGCAGCAACAACAGCUGCAACCGAUGAACGACAGUGCAAAAAUUGCAUGAGCAACGAUGAGCUGGCCAUGAUCAUCCGAGGCGUUGCCCACAACAACAACAACAGCAACAACAACAACAAUCAGUUGAGAGUUCGCCCCGUGUCAACGACAGCGUCAUCGAGCAGCUCCUCCACAGAGUCGCUGCAUCUGCCACUGACCUCGCCGCGAGGCAGCCAUAGCAGCUGCAACAGCUCUAACAGCAUCACAAUUGCCCCGCCUACCGCCGCCACAUCCGCCUCUUAUCCCGUUACGCCCACAUCGUGGUCAGCGUCGCCGCCAAGCUUUGCGACAACGCACAACAGCUUUGGCGGCUCCAGCGACACACUGGCGCUCCUGGCGGCCAUGCGUGUGCAACUCCUUGGCUUCAAAUGGUUUCAUGGCAAUCUUUCUGGCAAGGAAGCUGAAAAAUUGAUAUUGGAGCGUGGCAGGAGUGGUUCGUUUCUUGUGCGUGAAUCUCAAAGUAAACCUGGUGAUUUUGUGCUUUCCGUGCGCACAGACGACAAAGUGACGCAUGUCAUGAUUCGAUGGCAGGAUAAGAAAUACGACGUUGGCGGUGGAGAUUCGUUUGCCACACUUUCCGAACUGAUUGCACACUACAAACGCAACCCGAUGGUGGAGACCUGUGGCACAGUGGUGCAUCUGCGUCAGCCCUUCAAUGCCACACGCAUCACAGCGGCCGGCAUCAAUGCUCGCGUCGAUCAGCUGGUCAAGGGUGGGUUCUGGGAGGAGUUCGAGUCGCUGCAGCAGGACAGUCGGGAUACUUUUUCGCGCCAGGAGGGCUACAAGGAUGAGAACCGCCUGAAGAAUCGCUACCGCAACAUAUUGCCCUAUGAUCACACGCGUGUGAAGCUGCAGGAUGUGGAGCGCAGUGCACCGGGAGCCGAGUACAUAAAUGCCAACUACAUACGCUUACCCACCGACGGCGAUCUGUACAACAUGAGCAGCUCCUCGGAGAGCCUCAACUCGGUGCAAUCGUGUGCCGCUUGCACCGCCGCGCAGACGCAACGCAACUGCCCCAACUGCCAGCAGCUGAACAAGACGUGCGUCCAAUGCGCCGUCAAAUCGGCAACGUUGCCCUACAGCAAUUGUGUGACCUGUGGCCGCAAAUCCGAUUCGCUGAGCAAGCAUAAACGCAGCGAAUCGCUGUCGACGUCGACGGCCUCGCUCAACGGUUGCCUUGCCAUGCUGCUGAAGAAGAACUGCGGCGAUGCCUCGCCCCCGCCCUCGGUGUUGUCGCAUGCCACAAGCAGCGGCGUCUCCGGUUCGCUGCUGAGCGUCGAGCGCGACAUGUUCAAGACGUACAUUGCCACCCAGGGCUGUUUGGCGAACACGAAAACGGACUUCUGGAACAUGAUUUGGCAGGAGAAUACGCGCGUCAUUGUGAUGACCACCAAGGAGAUUGAGCGCGGCAAGACCAAGUGCGAACGCUAUUGGCCCGACGAGGGACAGUGCAAGCAAUUUGGUCACGCCAAGGUCCAGUGCGUCAAGGAGAACUCCACCAAUGACUAUACGCUGCGCGAGUUUUUGUUCUCGUGGCGCGACAAACCCGAGCGCCGCAUCUAUCACUAUCAUUUCCAAGUGUGGCCCGAUCACGGUGUGCCCGCCGAUCCUGGCUGUGUGCUCAACUUCCUGCAGGAUGUCAACACCAAGCAGAGCAAUCUCACGCAUGCUGGCGAGAAACCCGGUCCUAUUUGUGUGCACUGCUCGGCGGGAAUUGGCCGCACGGGCACUUUUAUUGUCAUUGACAUGAUACUGGAUCAGAUCAUGCGAAAUGGCUUGGACACCGAAAUUGAUAUUCAGCGCACAAUUCAAAUGGUGCGCUCGCAGCGCUCAGGCAUGGUGCAAACGGAGGCGCAGUACAAGUUUGUCUAUUACGCCGUGCAGCAUUAUAUCCAGACGCUGAUCGCACGCAAGCGGGCCGAGGAGCAGAGCAUACAGGUUGGACGCGAGUACACCAACAUCAAGUACACUGAUGAAAUUGGCAAUGAUUCACAAAGAUCUCCACUACCACCAGCAAUUUCUAAUCUAAGUCUAGUAGCAAGUAAGGCAACGGGUGCAGCAGCAGCAGCAGGAGGAGGAGGAGGAGGAGGUGCAGCAGUAGCAGCGGGCUCAACAGGAGAUCCAUUGGCAGCGUUGAAUGCUGCAAAUGCGGCGAGCGGCAAACAUGUCUCGAAAUUGCAACCACCGUUGCCGCCGUUGGGCGCAAACAACAACAACAAUAGCGCAGCGAACAGCAGCAGCAGCAGCAACAGCAACAAUCAUUGCAAUAACAUGAACGGCGGCAGCGGCAACAGUAACAGCAAUGCCAAUGGCAACGGCAACAUUCUUGGCAGCAAUGGCGGCAACAGCAAUUUGCGCAAAUCAAAUUUUUAUAGCGAUUCGUUGGCCGCCUUCAAGCAACAGAAGCACAUUGAUCAGGCAGCCGCAGCAGCGGCGUCGCAGGCAACCACUGCAGCAGCAGCAACAUCAGCAACAGCACCUGCAACUGCAGCAGCAGCAGCAUCUGCAACAGCAGCCGCAGCAACAGCAGCAGCAGCAGCAGCCAAAUACAAAAACAUUCCCAAAGACAUGAACAGUUUGAGGCAGCCACAUAUUGCCGCAUAUGCUGCUGCGCCUGCGCUGCCGCCGCCACCGACGCCGCCGCGCAAAACAUGACAAAUGAAUUUCUAAAUCAUAAGCCAAACACAAACACACACACACACACUUACUCUUACACAGAACAUAAGCAGAUCAUGUACAGUUGACUCACUCGCACUCGCACAGAAACAGCUUAUAAGCAACAGCCCAACAGCAUCAAGCAACAGGAGCGUGAGAGCGAGAGCAACGUAUGUAUGUACAGGAAUGAUUGCUAAUGUUAUCGACAGCUGCAUUUGCACUUGAUGCACACACAGAAACACACUCUCCCACUCACUCACACACAUACGCAGCACGCAAGCACUUUCUUACCUCCAAAACGAACUUGUAACAAAGUUAGCGCGCCAUUUUGAAAAGCCGAAACUUUUGUUUUCAAAACAAUUAUUUUUAAAUCGUCAACUGUUUGUAUGUAAUCACACCUAUUUUUAUUUUCUUUUAUAAUUAUUUUUACUAUUACUAUUAUUUUAUGUUCAAUUUUUUUGUAAUUGUAUCAAUUUAUACCCGCCCUAUGCCCCCAUAGUUGUUAGCAUUGUAAAAGUUGAUGAACCAUCGGCUUAAGAGCAGCAAAUAUUGUUUUAGUGUUGUAAGUGUUGAAAAACGAAAUGAAAACAAAACAAAAGCGUUGAUUGUGAUUCAAAAGAAAAUGGCGUCAAACGGAACAGAAUGUUAAAAAAAAAAUAGAA